AUGGCAGGAAGGCCACCGAAUCGGUCGAGUCAACCUCAGCCAGCUCCGCCGCCGCCAGCGCGUCAAAACGAGUACUUCGUACCUCGCGAUGGCAUCGACCGCGAAGUCAUCACAUCGGACAUCUGCAGGUAUUUGGGGAAUGAUGCGCUGGUGCGGCCUGGCACCUACGAGUCGUCGGACGGCCGUGUUACGCAGGGCUACUUCAUUACAGCAUACCGGAACCUAACUUCGGCGAUGAUACAAGAUUUGAAGGCCGACUCUGCACGAUGGGAACAAGAGAGGCGCGCAGCGUCAAGGCCUACAGGCAGUGGGGCCGGAGCUCGAGACCAGCACCGUGCGCCACCCCCUGACUACACCUCAUGGAAACAGGCCCAACAGGGUCGGGAAUACGCUUCGUAUGACCAUUCUGCCAUGGACGUUGACUAUCCUCCCGCUACCGGCGCUGCCGGAAAUGCUGCUUACGGAGGCCAGGCUUACAUGACGGGCCAGGCUGCCUACCCCCCGGCCACAUACCCGCCUCCGGCUCAUGCUCCUACCGCUUAUCAGGCUACGCCCUAUCCAUAUGCGACUAACCCGCCUGCGCAGUAUGCACCGGCUCCCCCGGUCGCUCAGGAGAGGUACCCCGUGCAUUCACCGACUCCCGGGCCCGUCUCGUAUUCUCAGGGUGCCUAUGUCCAAGGGUCAGACUAUGCAAUCCAACAAGGAUAUCCUGCCCAGGCCAGAAUGCAGCCACCAUUGCCUCAUGCAGCCACUGCUCCGGCUAGGCCUUACAGUACUGUGCCCACAACAUCAACUCCGAGCUAUGGAGAUUUUCCACCGCCAGCCGGGAUCCCUGCCGCUCAAGGCUUCCCGUCCGACGCUCGCUUCGGCCGCGGUGCGUAUAAUGCCGCAACAGCACAACCGCCUGCCGCUUCAUCUAAUGAUUUAGGCUCCCCUGCAGGUACGGCUCAACGGCCAGGGUACGCCGUCCCGGAUCCCCAGUACGAUGCCGGCCAGAAUCCCGUGCUUCAGUCAGCAGCUAGCCCCAGCAAUGCACUGCCGGCGCCAACACCAGGCGGCGCAGUUCCGCCCCCACGCCGUGAUCGUGACUCUGCAGAGCCCAGAGACAGGGAGCGGGAACGAGAACGGGACCGCGAACGAGAACGGGACAGAGACCGUGACCGCAGGGAUCAUCGGAAACACCGCCAUCACUAA